AAUGUACGAUUUCGAUUGUUCAGAUGCAAAUGAGUGUCAAAAUCCCAAGACUUUUCGUGUGCGUGAACUAUCGAUUUUAAGAAAUAUCUCAGAUUCAUCAUAAGUAAUUACACUACCCUAUGUAGACAGAUCCCUUGUUCGUAUCAAUGGCGAACUGAUCCGAGGAAGCCUAGUACGAUUGAGGCUAAGUUACCAAGAAGGAAUCUUAGAUCUGGUGAUGAAGCGGCCUCUACGGUGGCUAAGAAUGCUCAUUGAAGAGUUUCACUGGAGCUUCUUCUUUGGCGUGAUUAUCGUCUAUGGCGUUAGCCAAGGGCUUGGUAAAGGCCUCAGCAAAGUCAGCACGCAGUACUACCUGAAAGACGAACAGAUUGUUCAACCCUCUCAAGCACAGGUUUAUGUUGGUUUGAUUCAGAUUCCUUGGAUCAUUAAACCCCUCUGGGGAUUGUUCACUGAUGUUGUCCCUCUUUUCGGCUACAGGAGGCGACCCUAUUUCAUACUCGCCGGUGUUCUUGCUAUGAUCUCCAUGCUGGUGUUAUGGCUGCACACCAAUCUGCAUCUUGCACUGGCUUUGUCCUGUCUUGUGGCAGCAAGUGCUGGAAUUGCUAUAGCUGAUGUAACCAUUGAUGCUUGUGUAACACAAUGUAGCAUAAGCCAUCCUACUCUUGCUGCGGAUAUGCAAAGUUUGUGUGGCCUGAGUUCCUCAAUUGGAUCCUUGCUUGGUUUCUCCCUUAGCGGCGUUUUGGUGCAUUUGUUUGGGUCCAAGCGUGUGUAUGGUUUACUCGGUUUGACUUCAGGAUUGGUUGUUGUGACUGGGAUGGUUCUGAAAGAAUCUCCUUCUCGCACUUUAGGUCUCAAGCAUGUGAAUGGGAGGCUUCUGGAUGCUGGAAGCGCAAUAUGGAAAACCUUUCAAUAUGGUCAGGUGUGGCGGCCAUGCUUGUUCAUGCUCUUGUCAGCUGCAGUGAGCUUGCAUAUUCACGAAGGCAUGUUCUAUUGGUACACAGAUGCAAAGGAUGGUCCUUCCUUUUCAAAGGAAGCAGUUGGAUCCAUUCUGUCGUUUGGUGCAAUUGGCUCUCUUGUCGGCAUACUUCUUUAUCAGAACUUUCUGAAGAACUUCCCUUUCCGGAGUGUUGUCUUAUGGGCACUUUCCCUAUCUUUCCUGUCAGGAUUUCUGGAUUUGAUCCUGGUGCUGCGCUUAAAUCUGAAGCUCGGUGUUCCUGAUUACUUCUUCAUUGUGGUUGACGAGUUUGUUUCACAUAUGAUCAGUAGAAUCAAGUGGCUACCGCUCCUUGUUCUCAGUUCCAAGCUCUGUCCUGCCGGUAUGGAAGGCACUUUCUUUGCUUUGCUCAUGUCGAUUGAACAUGUAGGACACCUGUUGUCUUCAUGGGGCGGAGGAGUAUUACUUCAUUCCUUGAAAGUUACACGUACUCGGUUUGAUAAUCUCUGGUUGGUUAUUGUGAUUAGGAGUUUACUGAGGGUAGUUCCUAUUGGAAUGGUCUUUUUGAUACCAAAUGUUGAUCCCAACGCAACCAUUCUUCCGGCUGAGAUGUUAAUGAACAGAAGAAGCGAAGCUGUGAUCGAAACCGAGAAGAUAGAGAUGACUGCUCUGAUAAGUAAUGAAGCUUAAGUUGAAUCAAUUAUGUUUCUCUGAGGUUUUCUCUCUGUUCAUUGUUUGUUCGUCUGGUUUAGAUAAUUUUCCUUCCUCGCAGAAGGUCAUCAAAUAUUUCUUUCUUACAAUUUCUCGUAAGCUACUGCUGCUGUAUUGAUACAGAUACACACACAUAUAUAUAUAAGAGUACUUGGAGAAAUUGGCUUUGCCUUGCCAAAAGAGA